AUGAGUGAUUAUUUUACUGAAACCUUGGCAGACUUCAGCUUUAAAGUCUUCUACUACGGAGACGAGCUUCCGGAUUUCUUUUGGAACCUCCACACCAGUGCCAACCUUUCAGCGCUGGGAGAGAAAAAACGGCCGAUUGCAGUUGGAGGGGUUUUGCGUCGCAUCAUCAGCGGCAGCUUCUGCCGCCAGUACAAGGGAGGAAUUGCGAACAUCUUCGAAGCAGCAAAUCAGUUCGGAGGUGGUGUUCCAGGAGGAGUUGAAAUAGUGGCUUCCACAGCAGCCCUCAGCCACCAGCAAGGCAGCACCAUUCUCUCCUUUGAUGGGAAAAACGCUUACAACAGCAUGCGCAGAUCUUCCAUCUUGCCAGCAGUGGCCACUCAUACGCCACACUUGGCGAAGUACUUCGGGAACAUCUACGCUCGAACCAAGGCGAAACUUCUGUUCAAAAUGGAAGAUGGUUCGAUCGAGGUUGUUCUUUCACAGCGCGGAGUUCAACAAGGCUGCAAUUUGGGAGGGUUUGGCUUCUGUGUAGGACUUCUUGAUAUCAUGAAAGAGUUCAACAACAAGCCACCAGUGCCAGGAGCCAAGCUCAUUGGAUACGUCGACGACCUCCAAGUGCAUCUUCCACCAGGUUUGGCUAGAAAUAUUCAGGCCAUCGCCACCGUAACCAACUGGAUCCAAGACCACCUGCUGCAAAAAGGCAUUGAGCUCAGCCUUCCGAAAUCGAACGUCCUUUUCCCAGAAGGAUUAUUCUUCUCCUCUUUGACAAACGACGAACAGCGAGAUUUGACGAAAACGGGUCUCUCGGUUGCUGAAGGUGGUAUGGCCAUUGUUGGAGUCCCAGUAGGGACAGAGUGCUUCCAGAGGAGUUUCGUCACCAACUUCGCCCGCGGUAUCCCUGCUGAGUUGAUACCCCGCCUUUCCACACUUGACGACCCGCAAACGAGCUACCAACUGCUACGUAUGUCUGGCGUUCCACGCUUGUUUCAUCUGCUGAGAACGAUUGCACCGAGCAUUACCAACACUGCCGCGAGAGAACAUGACAGCCUGAUGAUAUGGGCAGUAAGCAAGAUCGUUCUCGGCAAAAUGGCAAACACUGUGGGAAUUCCAACCGUGGAAGAGGUGCCCGCAAACCCAGAGAAGAGUGAGGUCGACUUCUUCAAAGAUUCAGCUCGGGCACAGGUGCACCUGCCCAUACGUGAAGGGGGGCUUGGAAUUACGAGCAGUGUUCUCAUUCGAGAAUCGGCUUUUGUGGCAGGGCAAGCAUUAGUGUUCUCCAAGUCAGUGCAGGCAUCAACAGGACUCACCAUUGAACAAUGCCUACCGCAACUUGCACAGCUACCAACAGGAUUAGCUCUGAUUGACUCCCUCAAGAAACUAAAAGAAAUCAUCACCAAAGACAAGCUAGAAAGAGCUGUUGGUCAGUCAUGGACUAAACUUGUUACAUCUGACGAUUUAACUCCCACUCUUCGAGGGGUUUAUCUCAUGGAGGCCGGGAAGG